GAAGUCUCUGAAGUGGUAAUCCUGGAGCGCUGCUGGAUUGUGGAGUUCAGGAGAAAAACAGAUGUUUCAAUAGUUCUCAAGUUCCAGAGCGGAGAACCAGAUCUUUACCUUGAAGCUGCAUCAAAGCCAGAUUGUGAAUCUUGGGCUGUGGCGCUGGGAGAGGCAAACUCAGAAGGUUUGCAGAAUAAAAUUCAGCAGCUCCGGAGGCUGAUCAUGGAAAUCAAAGAGGAGAGAUCAUCAGAUGAAGCACAGCAAUUUGUCCCUUCGUCCCAAGUAGACUGUCUAGGAGAGCCACAGUUCACGAGUAUUCGGAGAAUUGCCGAUGAGCCAAAGCUGGAGUUCAGUCUUGCAUGCAAGGAUCUAGUGGCUGCUACCCGUGAUCGGAAACUGAAUACAUUUAUACAAGUCUCGGUGGUACAUCCAGCAGAGCACAUUUUGACGAGGUAUUCAAGCACUGAAAUCGUGGAGGGUACAAGAGAUCCACUGUUUUUGACUGGUGUGACAUUCCCACCGGAAUACCCCAUCUAUGAGGAGACUAAAAUAAAACUGACUGUCUAUGAUGUCAAAGAUAAAUCUCAAGACACGGUCCGCACCAGUGUCCUACCUGAUCACAAGGAGCCAAGAGGAGAUGUUGGACGAAGCUUCCUGGGCUGUACAACUUUUCGAGUAGGAGACUUGGUAAAGUCAAAGGAGCAACAGUUGACCCUUACCCUCAGGACUUCGGAUGGUGGAAAGACAGUUGGUACCAUUGAAGUCAAUCUUGUGAAGAUGGGAGAGCUAGAGGAUGGGGAAACGGACCACAUCACAACAGACACCCAGGAUCAAAAGUGUGCUUUGGUUCGUGAAUGUACAACCACUGAAGGCAUAAGUGGUAAAGACAACUUGCCUUCAUUAAAUGCAGUGUUAAAAAACCUGAUCUGUAAGUUAUACAGAUUCCCUACUUCUGAUAACAAGUGGAUGCGGAUCCGAGAACAGAUGGCUGAGACCACCCUCUCUUUCCAUGUUCCUAAAGAACUGAUCAAUCUGCACAUAAAAGAGGAUAUGAGAAGGAAUCAGGAACUUAAAGACUUGGGAGAACUUGCUCCGCACUGGGACAAUAUGCGCAAAAGUGUUAUUGCUCACUGUGAUCAGAUGUUGAGCAUGUACCAGGAUACUCUUGCAGAACUUGGGAAGCAUACAGGUUCUUCCUUCAAAUCAAGCUGUAGCAAAGGAGAAAAAACAUUAGAAUUCAUCCCAAUUAAUCUUCAUUUGCAAAGAAUGCACGUGCAUAGUCCUCGAUUGAAAGGUAAAGUGUAUUCUGUGGAGAAAUUCCCCAGGUAUGACAAAUUUCAAGGACGAACAUUAGGUGAACAUGAAUUUCAGAUGAAACCUUACAACCACAAUAGAACUGAAAG